AUGGCUUUAACACCGCAAGACGCUCUGCCUCCUACGCCGCCUUCCGAUACUCCUGCGAUUAUGUCGAAUACUAGAACGCCUGCCUAUGUGGCUCCUCCGGCAGCCACUGCCCACAAGCAUAUCUGGGUCAUAACGGGACCGGCUGGCUGUGGGAAGACUUCUGUAGCCGAGUACUUACACCAAACUUUCUCAUUCCCGUAUCUAGAAGGAGAUACCUUCCACACCCCAGCCAACGUCGAGAAAAUGGCCGCCGGCCAUCCCCUAACCGACGCCGACCGCUGGGACUGGCUCAUCCAGCUGCGCCAACAAUCUCUCCUCGCCCUCUCCCAACCCCUCGGCCCCUCCGGCGUCAUCAUAACCUGCUCGGCCCUGAAACGCAAAUAUCGGGACGUCCUUCGCAUCGCCCAUUACCACGACCCCACGAUCAAAGUCCACUUCAUCUUCCUCCACGCUUCCGAAGCUCUGCUGAUGGAUCGGGUACGCGCGAGGCAGAACCAUUAUAUGAAGGAUUAUAUGGUAAGGAGUCAGUUUGAGAGUCUCGAGACGCCGACGGAGGAGGAGAGGGAUGUGCUGAGUGUGGAUGCUGGGGGCACGAGUGGGGAGGUGCAGCGGUUGGCGCUUGGGGUGGUGGAGGGGGUGUUGAGGGGGGAUGCUGCUGGGUCGUAG